AAAGCGUGUUCUUUUUGUUUAUCCCAGCCAUGUUUUCUCUUUUCUUCGUGGAGGAAGAGUUUCAUCUGAUUGAGGAAGAAACUCGACAUACAUCCAAUUUCUACACUUCUCUAUGUUUAGUCGAUUGGGAAUUUUUAAGUCGAUUGGGAUACUUCCCUAUAUCGUUUGGUCUCUUACGGACCUACCUUAUGCGAUAUCACUUGGGGUGCCGGAGGAUCCACCACCGAUCUCACCCUCGAGAUCGCUUCGAGGAUGCAGAAGAUUGACGACGCUCUUGAGACGAUUAGAUCUAAUGGGGUUCAGAAUUUGCUUGCUCUUAGAGGAGAUCCUCCUCAUGGACAAGAUAUAUCUAAUGGGAUUCAGAAUGUGCUUUGGAUCUGGUUAAUCACAUUUGUACCAAGUAUGGUGAUUACUUUGGAAUCACUGUUGCUGGUUAUCCUGAGGCUCAUCCGGAUGUUAUUGAAGCUAAUGGACUUGCUACUCCUAAAUCUUAUCAGAGUGAUCUUGCUUACCUGAAGAAAAAGGUUGAUGCUGGAGCAGACUUGAUUGUUAUCCAGCUUUUCUAUGAUAUUGUAUCUUCCUCAAAUUUGUGAAUGACUGUCGUUUAAUGUUCUUCCUAGUCCCACUAUCUCAGCCAUAUGCACAAGUAAGUAACCAACCUUUGUUUUGUUUUUUUUUUUUUCUUUUUCUGGUUUGAGUUUUGGUCAAUCUUUUGUUCCACCAAGUUAAAUCUUAGUUCAACACACGAAUGAAUGCUUUAAUGGUUUUCUUGUUGAAUUAAGUCACAUCAUUAUUUAGUGAACCAUUAUACCAAGACUUUUGCAAUGUGAUAAAUGGUUGGUUGUGUGUUAUUAGGUAAAAAUUUAUGUCCACCAUUGAUUGUUACUUAUGUGACUUUUAACCAUAAACUUCAAUUGAAUCUCUUGUUAUCUAGAUAAAUCCUUCUUACUCUUCCUUCUUCUUCAACCAUAAAAUAUUCUUGUUACUCUUCUUUCUCCUUUAAACACAAACCAUAAACACUCUUUCUAUCUCUUACGUCUCCUUUAAACACCAACGACAAACACUCUUCCUUCUCUUUUAACCACCAACCAAAAACUUGACUAUGGAACCAUCUAGUGACAUGUUAGGUUUUACAGAUCUGUUAAAUAGUCAAACCACAACCAACACUGUCGAAACCAAUGAAACUGAUGAGGUUGCAAGCGAAGGUGAAUACCAACCUGAGGAGCGUCAGCAAAGAAGAAAAUGGUCUCACACUGAAGAUGUGGCUCUCAUUAGUGCUUGGCUCAAUACAAGUAAGGAUGCAGUUAUUUCAAAUGGCCAAAAACGUAAUACUUUUUGGUCACGUAUUGCAACUUAUUAUGCUGCAAAUCCUAAGCUUGCUGAUCUCGAGAAAAGAGAGCCCAAGCAUUGCAAACAAAGCUGGCAGAGGAUCAACAAGACGGUGUGCAAGUUUGUUGGAAGCUAUGAGGCUGCAACAAAAGCAAAAACCAGUGGCCAAAAUGAGGAUGAUGUGAUGAAAUUAGCGUACCAGAUACACUUCAACGAUUACAAUGUGAACUUCACACUUGAGCAUGCUUGGAGAGAGCUUCGCCAUGAUCAGAAAUGGUGUGGAGCUUCUACUACAAAAGGUACUGGAGCUUCUAAGAGAAGAAAACAUGAUGACCAUUCACAGUCAUCAACCUCAGUUCCAGCGAAUGUGGAAGAAGAAGCUCUUCCUCCAGGUGUUAAGGCAGCAAAGGCCAAGGCAGCAAAGGCCAAGGGUAAAAAUGUGUUGAGCAAGCCAAAGACUGUGGAAGAAGAAGGCGCUUCGCUUGAGGAGUUUCAGAGCAUGUGGGAGAUAAGGCAAAAAGAAUUUGAUUUGAAAGAGAAGCAAAGUAAGAUCAAAGAGAAGCAAACAAUGCAUAAAAUGCUUGACCGUCUUCUAGCUAAAACGGAGCCGCUUACAGAAAUGGAAUUAGCUUUAAAGAAUAAGCUAAUUAGUGACAUGUUGUCAAGUUAGUUUGAGUUUAUGUUAAUGUUCAUCUGCUUGUAUGUUGUUUCUUUCAUUUCUGUUUUAUGUUAUGAGUUGUUUGUCUAUUUUAUGCUAUGAGUUGCUACUGGUUUUUAUGUUUGAAUUUAACAUGUUUGGUUUAUAAUGAUGAUCAGUUGGUCAUUUCUGUUUGAAUUUAACUUGUUUGGUUUAUAAUGAUGAUCAGUUGAAUUUAACUUGUUUGGUUUAUAAUGAUGAUCAGUUGUACAAACAAGUUUGGUUUUUGUAUUGUGAAAAACCGUUUUGUUGUUUGGAUGAUGUUGGUGUAUUGGCACUAUAACAGGUACAUGCAUUUGGAACAUUUGAAAGAGACCGUGAGGGGUACAUGCAUUUGGGACAGUAGAAGACAAGAAGAAAAAAGAGAAGAAGACAAGGCGAAGAACAAAGCCAGCCACAAGUUUUGUGAGUUGGACAGUAGGUCACGGAUGUUGAAGGAGUAGACAGGAGGAGAACAAAGCCAGCCACAUGUUAUUGUUACUCUUCUGCACAUGGUCACGGAUGUAUGUACUAUAUCUACUUUGUAUUAUAGACACCACAAAUUUUGCAAGCAAUGUAAACCACAAAUAUUUUUAGUUUGUAUUACCACAAUCGAUUCUCCUCUAUAUAAGUCUUCCAAAGAGUUUAUCAAUAUGCAUUCUCAUCUCAUUGUCUUUUUUUACAAUCUCUUUUUCAGCCACAAAAAUAUCACGAUACAAUAUUUCCCCAAAGCAUCUUUUUCCCCUUUCUUUAUCCACAAAAAAACUUUCAAAAUAUAUAUUCUUCUCCUUUCUUUGGUGAAAUGGCAUCUUCUUCUAAUAAUAUUGAAGAAAGGAUGGAUGAAUACUUUGAUCAAGCAUUUGAUAAUUAUUUUGAUAAAGAAUUCGAGAAUCGUUUCAAUCAAGCAUUCAGUGAUCAACAAGAAGCAACCAUGGAGAAGCCAAAACGAUCCUACAUUGAAAGAGACCGUGAAGAUGGUCACAGACGCUUAUGGGACGAUUAUUUCAGUGACGAUGCAACAUAUCCUCCUCGCUUCUUUCGUCGCCGUUUUAGAAUGAACAAAUCCUUGUUCUUGCGUAUCGUUGAACGACUCUCUGCUGAAGUUCCAUACUUUCGACAACGACAAGAUGCUACUGGAAGGUUCGGUCUCUCUGCACUACAAAAAUCUACAGCAGCAAUUCGUAUGAUGGCAUAUGGUUGUGCAGCUGAUGCAGUUGACGAAUACCUCCAGCUUGCUGAAAGCACUGCGAUGUUAUGCUUGGAACAGUUCGUUGAAGGAGUCAUUAAUUUAUUUGGAGAUGAGUACCUCCGAAGACCCACAGUAGAAGAUCUUCAACGACUACUCGCUAUUGGAGAGUGGCGCGGAUUUCCCGGAAUGAUAGACAGCAUAGAUUGUAUGCAUUGGGAGUGGAAGAAUUGCCCGACCGCAUGGAAAGGUCAAUACACACGUCGAUCUGGAAAGCCAACAAUUGUUUUAGAGGCUGUAGCUUCACAAGACCUCUCGAUAUGGCACGCAUUUUUUGGACCUCCAGGUACAUUAAAUGAUAUCAAUGUUCUCGAUCGCUCACCAGUUUUUGAUUACAUAUUACAAGGUAUAGCUCCCAAAGUGGAAUAUUUUGUCAAUGGACGAGCCUAUCAUAUGGCUUACUUUCUUACAGAUGGUAUUUAUCCAAAUUGGGUUACUUUUAUCCAAUCAAUUCCAAUGCCAGCAGAUCCGAAAGCAUCUUUAUUUGCUACAUGUCAAGAAGCCACACGUAAAGAUGUCGAGCGUGCUUUUGGCGUUUUGCAAGCUCGAUUUGCCAUAGUCAGAAACCCAACUCUUUUUUUGAAUAAGAAAAAAAUUGGAAAGAUUAUGAGAGCAUGUAUCAUACUGCACAAUAUGAUAGUAGAAGACGAACGAGAUGAGGCCACUCAGUUUGAUAAGGCAACAUUCACACAAGCAGAUUCAAGCAGAACUCCAGAAGUGGAUCUCUCAUAUUCUACAGAAACGCCUUCAAAUGUCACUAACCUAAUGAGUAACAUAAUGAGCAAACGAAAGGACCUUCGUGAUCGAAAAAUACAUCAAAGAUUGAAAGCUGAUUUGGUUGAGAAUAUAUGGCAAAAAUUCAGAACCAAUUAAGAUUACGAUUAAUCGUUUUGUAAUGUGUUUUAAAUAUGCUUUUAUGUAUUGUUUGUUUAAAAUCUUAUGAAAUAUAUUCAUUUUCAAGUU